CACCAUGUUGCCGACCACCGCGCCGCACAGCAACGGCGCCCCCGGCUCCAGAGACGCAGCGCGCCACACGGCGGGCGCCAAACGCUACAAGUACCUGAGGCGGCUGCUGCAUUUUGGACAGAUGGACUUUGAUUUUGCCAUGUGGCAGAUGCUGUACUUGUUCACUUCGCCACAGAGGGUCUACCGCAACUUCCACUACAGGAAACAGACCAAGGACCAGUGGGCCAGGGACGACCCUGCGUUCCUGGUGCUGCUCAGCAUCUGGCUGUGUGUGUCAACAUUAGGCUUUGGUCUGGUGCUGGACAUGGGUGUCCUGGAAACUCUGAAACUGCUGCUCUGGGUGGUUUUUGUCGACUGUAUAGGAGUUGGUCUGCUCAUAUCGACCCUCAUGUGGUUUAUCAGCAACAAGUACCUUCUAAAGCAACCCAGCAGAAAUUUAGAUGUUGAGUGGGGCUACGCGUUUGAUGUUCACCUCAAUGCUUUCUACCCACUGUUACUCAUCCUGCACUUUCUGCAGCUCUUCUUCAUCAACCAUCUUGUGGUGAUAAACUCAGAAUGGUUCCUGGGAUACUUUGUCGGCAACACUUUGUGGCUCAUCGCCAUCGGUUAUUAUCUCUACAUCACCUUCUUAGGGUACAAUGCCCUUCCCUUCCUGCAGAACACGGUGGUGCUGCUCUACCCCUUCGCUCUGCUCGGCCUCUUCUACGUCCUCUCCAUCUCUCUGGGCUGGAACUUCACCCAGAGCCUCUGCUCAUUCUACAAAUUCAGAGUCAAGUAAAACCAGUUUGCCCUUCAAACUGGACACGAGACAUCUUCAUGCCGACAAGCCAUCAAAAUCAGUUUUGGGGACAUCAAAUUUAUUUCCAGCGGCUGUCGGCCAACAUCCGGUGGAGAGAGACUAUGGAAACUGGGAUCUCUAGGUUGAGGUGCGCUGACUCACACUUGAUUUUCUGUUUGGAUCUCAUGAUGACCUGCAGCUGAAGAGUGGAGUGUUUGGACUAGUUGCAGAAACAACGGGACAGAAGAGACGGAUCUUUUAUCGUUGUUCUUUUUGUAUGAUUUGUAAAUAGUUCUCUGGCAGGUUGUAAUAUAUACACAGUGUUGUUUCUGAAAAGUUGAAAUUUGCUUUGUUUCUUUGAGUUUUGGUUAAAAAAAAAAAAACAGAACAAAUUGAAAUCCCGACUAUGAAUGGAGGAGAAGAAAGUGGAGGAAUGUGGGAUGAAAACUUUUUUUUCCUUUUCUUUUUCUCUUGAAGUGUACAUUCCAGAGCACUUUCAAUAAAAGGUUUUAUUAAUUUA